AUGGCACUUCAGCUUCUAGUUUUCAUUCUCCUCUUUGGGAGCUCAUCAUUGAUGCUAAAAUCAGUCACCGGUACAAGGAUCGUAGGGAACGAGACAGAUCGUCUUGCUUUGCUCGAGUUAAAGAAACAAAUUGAUGAUCCGUAUGGAACAUUAAAUUCUUGGAACGAUUCCAUCCAUUUUUGCAAUUGGGUAGGAGUCAAAUGUAGCCAUCGUCAUCAACAACGGGUUAUCAGCUUGGAUUUAGAAAGCAAAGGCUUGGGAGGGAACAUAUCUCCAUCCAUAGGAAAUCUCACAUUUCUGCAUUCCGUCAACAUUGGAAACAAUAGCUUUAAGGGAAAAAUCCCACGAGAAAUCGGUAGUCUGAUUCGACUACAGUACAUUGAUGCUGAGAACAAUACUUUCGAAGGAGAACUUCCUAUCAGCUUGGCCAACUGCACUCGUCUAAGGGAAAUUUACUUUUCCUAUAACAAUCUUGUUGGGAACAUACUGGUUGAGCUUAUGGCUUUGUCAAAGCUAGAGGUAAUUUCUAUUCAUAAUAAUGGUUUAACAGGAGAGUUACCAGCUUCUUUUGGGAACAUUUCCUCCAUCCAACAUAUUUCUUUCGGUGUAAAUAGACUGCAUGGAAGCAUUCCAGAAUCCCUUGGUCACCUAACAAAUUUAAACUUUCUGUCACUUCAUGAAAACAACCUAUCUGGUAUGUUCCCUCUCUCACUAUGCAAUCUAUCAUCUCUUGAAAUUAUUUCUCUUGGAUUCAACCAACUUCAUGGGAGCCUUCCACAUGACAUAUGCCUCACUCUUCCAAAUCUCCUAAGCAUAGCAAUUAGUAAAAACUUUUUCUCAGGGACCAUUCCAAAUUCCAUCUCCAAUAUUUCAACACUUGUAAAAUUUAAUCUUGCUGGUAACGGCUUUGUUGGACCAGUCCCUAACAAUUGGGGAAAUCUUCAAAAUCUCCAAGUCCUCAAUCUGGGCAGAAAUCUAUGUGGAACAGGGAAAGGUUAUCAUUUGGAUUUUAUAAAUUCCUUGGUCAAUUGUACAAAUCUACAGGUUCUGUCCUUGGAUGGUAAUGGUUUUCAGGGUCCUGUUCCUAACUUUAAAGCCAAUCUUUCAACACAGCUCUUACAACUUCGAUUAGGAGAAAAUCGAAUAUCAGGAGUUAUCCCUACUGAGAUUGAGAAUCUUGUCAACUUAACCUUAUUGGGAUUGGAGGGCAACUUUCUCGAAGGUAAUAUUCCGUCUAUCAUAGGGAAGCUUCUGAAACUUCAACAAUUGUUCUUGGGUGGAAACAGACUUUCAGGACAGAUACCAUCUUCUGUAGGCAAUCUCAAUCUUUUGUUUGCACUCCAUUUAGAAGAGAACAACUUGAAUGGAAGCAUUCCAUCCAGCAUUGAAAAUUGUCAUCAAUUACAAUACCUAACACUUUAUCGGAAUAACCUCCAAGGCCCAUUACCUAAACAAUUCUUUUAUAUUUCCUCCUUGUCAGUAACUGUUGACUUAGCUAAUAAUUCUCUGGUCAGUUCCCUACCAAUAGAAAUCGGUAACUGGAAAAGUCUUUCUAUAUUAAAUAUCUCCAACAACAAAUUGUUCGGAGAGAUCCCCUACUCCAUUGGAGACUGUAAUAGUUUGGAACACCUUCAUAUGGAAGGUAAUUUCUUUGAAGGAACCAUUCCUCAAUCUUUGACUCUUCUGAAGGGCCUGCGAGUUUUAGAUCUCUCACUCAACAAUUUAUCAGGCCAAAUCCCAAAAGAUCUUGAGAAACUUUCAGGAUUGCAAACUUUGAAUUUGUCCUUCAAUAAUCUUGAGGGUGAGGUACCAACAAAGGGAAUCUUUGGAAAUGCAAGUUUAAUUUUAGUAAAUGGAAAUGCCAGGCUUUGUGGGGGAAUUGCAGAGUUACAAUUGCCUGCAUGCGCAAACCGUGGAUCUACAAAAAGAGAAAGUUCCCAUUCUUUGAGAGUAAUUUUGGCAAUAAUCGGUGUGGUUCUUGGUUUUCUUUUGAUAUCUUCCUUUCUUACUAUUUAUUGGAUAAGAAGAUCAAAAAGUAAACCUCCACCCACACCAUUAAUUGGUGACCAGUUCUUAAAGAUUUCUUACAAAGAGCUAUUCCAAGUAACUGGAGGAUUUUCUUCGAAAAAUUUCAUAGGUUCUAGCAGUUUUGGCUCCGUAUAUAAAGGGAUCAUCAAUGGAGAUGAAACAAUUGUAGCAGUCAAGGUACUUGACCUUCAAAAUCCAAGAGCAUACAAGAGCUUUAUGGUUGAAUGCGAAGCAUUAAGAAACAUUCGACAUCGAAAUCUUGUCAAGAUUUUAACUUCUUGUUCAAGUCUUGAUUCAAAAGGCAAAGAUUUCAAAGCCCUGGUUUAUGAGUUCAUGCCAAAUGGGAGUCUAGAUGAUUGGUUGCAUUCGUCGACGGAGGCACAGAAUCAUUCAAGGAAUUUAAGCUUUCUUCAAAGAUUAAACAUCGCGAUUGAUGUGGCUUCUGCAUUGGAUUACCUUCACUACCAUUGCUAUAUACCAAUUGUUCAUUGUGACUUGAAGCCUAGCAAUGUUCUACUUGACAAUGAUAUGACUGCGCAUGUCAGCGAUUUUGGUUUGGCAAGGCUACUUUUAGAACCUGACAACAAUUCAUCCCAUGCUCAAACGAGUACCAUUGGGAUAAAAGGAUCUAUCGGCUAUGCAGCUCCAGAAUAUGGCGUAUGUGGAAAAGCAACUAUACAAGGGGAUGUGUUUAGCUUUGGGAUCCUUUUGUUGGAGAUGUACACAGGAAAAAGGCCAACAAACAAGAUUUUUACAGAUGACUUCAAUCUUCAUAACUUUGCAAGGGCAGCUUUCCCUAUACAAGUGAUGCAAAUUUCAGAUCCAACACUCCUACCUAAUGAAGAACAUGGUGAAGAAAUUGGAGUGGAAGCUAUCAACAAAACUGAAGGUCCUAGUCAUAGGGUAGAUAAAUUGCAAGAUUGCAUAAGCUUUAAUGGAAAAAUCCCACGAGAAAUCGGUAAUUUGAUUCGACUACAGUACAUUGAUGCUGAGAACAAUACUUUCGAAGGAGAACUUCCUAUCAGCUUGGCCAACUGUACUCGUCUAAGGGAAAUUUACUUUUCCUAUAACAAUCUUGUUGGGAACAUACUGGUUGAGCUUAUGGCUUUGUCAAAGCUAGAGGUAAUUUCUAUUCAUAAUAAUGGUUUAACAGGAGAGUUACCAGCUUCUUUUGGGAACAUUUCCUCCAUCCAACAUAUUUCUUUUGCUGUAAAUAGACUGCAUGGAAACAUUCCAGGAUUCCUUGGUCACCUAACAAAUUUAAACUUUCUAUCACUUCAUGAAAACAACCUAUCUGGUAUGUUCCCGCUCUCACUAUACAAUCUAUCAUCUCUUGAAAUUAUUUCUCUUGGAUUCAACCAACUUCAUGGGAGCCUUCCACAUGACAUAGGCCUCACUCUUCCAAAUCUCCUAAGCAUAGCAAUUAGUAAAAACUUUUUCUCAGGGACCAUUCCAAAUUCCAUCUCCAAUAUUUCAACACUUGUAAAAGUUAAUUUUGCUGGUAACGGCUUUGUUGGACCAGUCCCUAACAAAUGGGGAAAUCUUAAAAAUCUUCAACUCUUCAAUCUUGGUGGAAAUCCAUGUGGAACGGGGAAAGGUCAUGAUUUGGAUUUUGUAAAUUCCUUGGUCAAUUGUACAAUUCUACAGAUUUUGUCCCUGAAUGAUAAUGGUUUUCAGGGUCUCCUUCCCAACGUUAAACCCAAUCUCUCAAGACAGCUUUUACAACUCCGAUUAGGAGAAAAUCAAAUAUCAGGAGUCAUCCCUACUGGGAUUGAGAAUCUUGUCAACUUAACCUUAUUGGGAUUGGAGAUUAACUUUCUUGAAGAUUGUCCAGAGAGAUCCCCUCCUCCAUUGGUGAAUGAGAUAGUUUGGAACAUCUUCAUAUGGAAGGUCAAAUCCCAAAAGAUCUUGAGAAACUUUCAGCAUUGGAAUUUGAAUUUGUCCUUCAAUAAUCUUAAGGGUGAGGUACCAAAAAGGGGAAUCUUCGAAAAUGCAAGUGCAAUUUUAUUGAAUGGAAAUGGCAAGCUUUGUGGGGGGAUUGCAAAGUUACAAUUUCCUGCAUGCACAAACCAUGGAUCUACAAAAUGA